AUGUCUGAAGUUGGCAAAAAACAAAAAUCCAGGAAGUUGAAACAACUGAAAGACAGGGCUCAAGCUGCUCUCUGGUUUUCAAAGUCUUUUGGACUAGAUAUCACAAAUAUCUCAUUUAAAGAUGUAAAUGAUGUUAAGAUUGAUAAUGUGAACUAUAAGAAAGAAAUUAAAUGGUCAAAAGGCUCCAAACGCUAUGAAAAUCUUUAUGAAGAAGAGCAUGAAAGGCUUGAGCAAAUAGUAUUUCUUCUUGAUAAAUUCUAUGUGAGUGAUGAGUGCUAUCAUGAGCUUAGCCUGGUAACAAAUGAUAUCCCUCAAUCAUAUUUGAUAAAGCAAAAGAGGGAUAACCUAAAUUCUUUGUGCCACAUAGAGAGGGUACCUGGACCACAUCCAUGCGCACAGCGUAGCUUUGACUCAAUGUUGAAGGAGUCUGUGACAAAGUACUUGGAUUCACACCCAUCUCAUGAUUUAACCAAAGACGCAUUGAAAGCUAUAAAUGAUCUAGGAAUUACAUUUUCAAUUUGGGAAAAAUUAAAUGCAGCUGGCAAAUCAAGUGGACAAAAAAACUGGAUAAGUUUAGUUGGAUCAGACAAAGAGAAACUUCUAAAAUUAUUACCUGAAAAGCUAAAAGCAAUGGAUGUUCUUUUCACUGAAACAAAGUCUAAUGCGAUAAAACUAUGGGAAGACUUUUUUUUAUUAUAUCAAUUAAUAUGCAGCACAGUAAUAGAUAAUACAACAUCAAACAAGAUUCAUGAAAAUGGCAAACAGUGGAUAACUUCAUUUUGUAGCCUUGGUUCUAAACGGAUUGGUUACGGGAAAGCCCGAGUGACACCCUACAUGCAUACCAUCCCCUACCAUAUACCAAAAUUUAUUUCAAAGCAUGGAUCAUUAUCACAAUUUACUGGACAGGGUGUGGAAAAGAAUAAUGAUGAUGCUAGGGCAAUUUAUUAUCAAAAGUCAAACAAAUGGGAUGCAGCUUGUGAUAUUUUAGUGUUGGAAUCAAGGCAAAAAGCUUUACAACAUCACGAGAGAAUAAAAAGACACUAUACAAAAAGAAACAUGGACUGGUGGGACACAAAGAUAGUUGAAUCUAGAAAAAAAAAACAGAAGCUGUUACAUCCACAGAGAAUUCUACAACUGUCUUGGAAUCUGGCUAAAUUAUUUACAUAAUAGUCCACUUCGC